AUGCGGGCUACAAUAGGAUUAGCACUGGCCCUCGCCGCUUGCACCGUCGCGCAGAUAACGCUGGACCCCCACAAGUGCUUCACGCUCUCCACGAACGGCACGCAAUACCUCGAUUCGACAAGCAGCGUCAUCGCCAUCCAAUCGCACCCCGACCGGGCGGCGCUUGAGUCCGGCGACGACAAGGGCGUGCGCUUCCACUUUCCCACGGGGGACCGCGGCUGGGUCGUGUGUGAGGCACACAACGACCACUUUGUCGGCACGCAGAUCCCGCCGUCAAACUGGCGCGCGGACAUCGCGGAGGGCUCGACCAGCGAGAUUGCGGCCAUUGCGCUGGUGGAUGGAGGCGUAGGCGGAAAGGCGUGGGUGAAUGCGACGAGCAGGCAUUUUAUUGGCGUCAAGGCGGAUGUUGUGGCGACCCCGUUUUUGUGGGACAUUCUUCCGAUUAACUGUCUAGUCAACACGUAG